AUGGCUUCAUCGCCGCACGUGUUCUCCACGGUAGAAAUCUUUGCCGGACGCGUCGUCCCCCAUGGCUACUACAAGAUGAUCCAUCGCGAUUCGUGGUUUGGUGAUUCGGCGUUCUACCUUCGCAUGCUGGGGUUUGCCGUCUUCUUUACCUUCCUUCGCCUUGCGGUUGCUCGCUGGGUCGUCAAGCCAUUGGGCAAGCCCCUGAACCUCAAGGCUUCCAAUUAUACCAAACUGGAGGAGGCCAUCAUGCAGGUGGGGUUCUACACUUGGGGGUGGUCCUACAAUGCCGCCUACCUGUUCAAGCAAGAUUGGUUUUGGAACCCCAUCGUCAGCUUCCUCGACAACUUCCCUCGCCAGGCCAAUGAGUACGCCAUCUUCCAUCUCCCGAAGCAGGAUUGGCGCCACGGCACCACUCGCCUGACAAUUGGGUGGUACUUGCACGGCGUUUAUACCCACUUCUUCCUCGACACGAAGAAGAGCGAUUUCGCCAUCAUGAUCGUGCAUCACGUUGUGACGCUGUCUCUCCUCUACGGUGCCUACGUCGUCGGUUACUUCCGCGUCGGCAUGCUGGUGAUGUUCAGCAUGGACGUGUGCGACACAUUCCUCUACUCGGCUAAGAUCCUCAAGAUCGUCAAGUCCGGCGGUAAGGUCGACUAUCCCGCGGCUGUGUACUACAUUGGCUUCGGCAUGAUCCCUGUCUCCUGGUUCUUCUUCCGACUGGUCUAUUUCCCGUUCGUGGUGAUGCGAACGACGGCCAUCGACGGGCUCAUUGCUUCGGGCUAUGACAACGCCGACGGAUGGGCACCCUUCAACAUCCUCCUGCUCAUUCUUCUCUGUCUCAACACUUGGUGGUUCUCCAUCAUCGUGAAGAUCAUGUGGCGAUCGAUCACGUCCCAAAGCCUCCAAGCGCUCGAUGAUAUCAGAGAAAAGGAAGCAAACGCCGAACUCUUGGCCAACAAGGAGGCCUGCAGCGGAGGCGAGAAGCACACCACGCACCAAAAGCGUGCAUCCAGCGAGCAGAACACGAAGAAGACGCCAAAGAAGAAUCAGUAG